CAGUACCUGCCCAAGGCGCACCGCAGCGCCCAAACGUCGACCGGUUUCUUCGAUUUCGAUCCUGUUCUCUCUUUCGCAAGGAGUGCGGCGAUGUAAAGGCAUGCCCGGCGUCAUAUACAGCUUCUGCCGGGCGCCCACCGAUUUUUUUCUGAUUUUCGUUUCGCUCCUUUUCACCCGUUUCUCUGCGCUCUAGCCGGGGCUGCCUGAUGGCUCUCGGACGCGUUUUGGCUCUGGCGCUGCUGUGUCAUGGCGUCAUUUCCGGCCCGGCGGGGGUUGCACUCUCCGCCCAGAGGAAGCUGCACGGCAGGUUCCUGCAUAUCACAGACAUCCAUCCAGACGCCUACUACAAGGUGCACUCGUCGACCGACGAAGAUGGCGCGUGCCACAGGGGCAAGGGGCCGGCCGGCCCGUACGGCGCCGAGACGACCGACUGCGACAGCCCGUUCUCGCUCGUGAAUGCGACGUUCGACUGGAUCGCCGCGAAUCUCAGGGACACGAUCGAUUUCGUCGUCUGGACCGGCGACAGCGCCCGCCACGAUGGCGACGAGCGGCUGCCCCGCGACGCCGACCAGGUGCUGGGCACCAACACGUGGAUCGCCGACAAGUUCGCCGACCUGUUCGCCAACGCGGAGGGCAAGGGCCUGACCAUCCCCGUCGUGCCCACGCUCGGAAACAAUGACAUCCUACCGCACAAUAUCCUGCUGCCGGGCCCCAACAAGUGGUUGAAGCACUACUCGCACAUCUGGCGCCACUUCAUUCCGGAGGAGCAGCGCCACAGUUUCGAGUUCGGCGGAUGGUUCGAUGUCGAGGUCAUCCCCGACAAGCUGGCCGUCUUCAGCUUGAAUACGUUGUACUUCUUCGACCGUAACGCCGGCGUCGACGGCUGCGCGAACCCCCAGGAGCCGGGAUACAAGCAGAUGGAAUGGCUACGGGUGCAGCUGCAGUUUCUGCGCGAGCGCGGCAUGAAAGCUAUCCUCAUAGGCCACGUGCCCCCGGCCCGGACGGAAAGCAAGAAGCUGUGGGACGAGACAUGCUGGCAGAAGUACUCGCUCUGGAUGCACCAGUUCCGAGACGUCGUGGUCGCUGGUCUCUACGGGCACAUGAACAUCGACCACUUCCUCAUCCACGACAAGGAUGAGAUCGACAUUGCCGCGCUGUCUGGCUCGUCCGAGCUUGGCGCUCGCGUGGCGAUGGAGGAUGAGCUGUCGGUGAUGUCGGCGUCUGACUACCUGGUGGAGCUGCGCAACCGCUGGUCGAAGCUGACGCCGCCGCCCGGCAAGCGGGGAGAGGUGGCCAAGGACGGGAAGAGGAAAAAAGGCAAGAAGGUCAAGGACCCCUGGGGCGAGCGCUAUCACCUUUCCCUGGUCAGCCCCAGUGUCGUGCCGAACUACUUCCCAACCCUGCGCGUGCUCGAAUACAACAUCACGGGGCUAGAAGACGCGCCUGUGUGGAAGGGCGCCUUGACAGGCGUCUCCCGGGCCGUUGCUGACGAGGAGGCCUCAUCUCAGAAACACCUCGAACUGCGCGACCUUUCAGGUGAAACGGACGUGGACGACACAACCCUGACCAAGAAGAAGAAAAAGAAGAACAAGAAGCCCAAAAAGACACCGCCACAUGACCCGGAGCUGCACAUCCCCGAACCGCCCUCCAAGUCUUCCCCUCCGGGACCCGCCUACUCCCCUCAACCGCUCACCCUGACCGGAUACACGCAAUAUUUUGCCAACUUAACCCGCAUCAACAACCUCAGCCUCACCGACCUCAGCACCAGCACCAGCGCCCGCCCCGCAGUGAUAACUUUCAAUGAGCAAGACGCGGGCGAGAGCGGAAGCGAAGACCGGCGCGGCGGCUGGCGCGACUGGCUGCUCCGCUGGCGCAGCGGCAAGCACGGCGGCAAGAAGCCGGCCUCGCCGCACCCGCCGCGGCCGCGCGAGUUCGCGUUCGAGGUCGAGUACAGCACGUUCGACGACCGCGUGUACCGGCUGGACGACCUGACGGUGAACAGCUUCGUCGACCUGGCGGUGCGGAUCGGGGAGCGGGUUGGUGCGAAGGGGGCGGAGGUUGGGAGUUCUUCGGAGGACGAGGAGGAGGAGGAGGACGAGGACGAGGACGACGACCAGGAAAGUGACGUUGAGAGUGAUGGGGAUGUGGAGACAGAAAAGAAGAAGAAGAAGGCGAAAAAAGGAGGGAAGAAGGGCAGCAAAAAGAGGAAGCUAAACAAGACGUGGUUGCAUUUCCUGCGGCAUGCGUUUGUUGGGACGCUGGAGGAGGAUGAGCUUAAAAAGCUGUAUUAAGUAAGGGCUCUCUCUGCAUCGGGCUGGCUAGAUGGCGGAUACAUCGUCGAGCAUUUUCUGGCGUUGGGGAGCGGCAUAUGGCAUGGCAUUGGGCUUUUGGAUGGUCUGGCGAUCAUAGCGCGGCGAUGUCACUUGAACAG